UUCCUGUACUCUGAUAGGCUGAAGGCCUUUGGUCCUCUCGUCAUGGGCAUUGGUAUUUUCCUCUUCAUUUGUGCCAAUGCCGUCCUACACGAGAACCGUGACAAGAAGACCAAGGUCAUCAACCUGCGAGACAUUUAUUCUACGGUCAUCGACCUCCACAGCCUGCGUAAGCCCGCCGCCCGCCACUCCUCAGCCAAUCCCAUCAAUGGCCUUGUCAACUAUGUCCAGUCGAAGAGUUUGGAGACCAAACCCCGAUCGCCUUACCCUGCAUCCCUGCUGAAGCCGAAACGAGGAGGAGGUGAAGAUGAGGGGGGGCAGAAGGGAGGUAAGAGGGGUCCAGACAAAAACACAGUAUUUAGUAUCUAUCAGGAGCAGCUUCCGUGUUCUUCCCAUGUCCAAGCCUCAGAACACAGACUAUCGCUUCCACCCAGCUUCAGUCCUGUCCACCAGAUCACCAGCUGGACCUCCAGGCAGCAGGAGCCUCUUCGCUCCUUCACGUUCCCACUACGUCGCCCGCGGCCUCCCGCCCCGGAGAGGAGACACUCCGCUUCUCACUUAGGAGGGGACAGAUUAGACCACAAGAGAGAGGUUGCAGGGUCUGCACUUGCCUCGUUCAUGCCCUCCUCUAAAAUGUACAACUUGGUUUCUUCCUGCAGUACCUCCGGUGUCCACAGGAAGGCUCCCGGAGGAUCCCAGGACCUGCUCCUCCUCUCCUCCUCACAGUCUUUGUCUUCCCUGUCCCACCUCCUGUCCUCAUCGUCAUCCACACCUCCAACCCAGCUACUGCCGGCGUGCUGGAGGAGGCAGAGCUUCCCAGUUACUGACAGUGCAGCAGGAUACAGACUGUUUGUUCACGCAGAGAGGGAGUCAUUUGAGUCAUGUGACUCCCAGAUGGCAGCUUCCCAUGUGACAUCACAGACUGAAGGUCAUGGGUCAAAUAAAAUAUUCCAACAUGGACACUCUGUGGAUGAUGUCACGGGCAGAUUCUUGUCUGCAGCAUCCAGAAGAGGAGAUGUUGCACCGAUCCAAGCCACUCUGAGUCAGUGA